GGGAAAGAAAAGACACACAUGGGUCUUAAUAUCUGAAAGAAAAAGAUACAAGAUUAAAUGAAGUUUCAUGGUCAUUGUGUCCUUGCAUCCUGUCCGAUGCCCAUCACGAUAGCAUACCUCCUCUGAACCUCCUAUUUUACACCCAGGCCACAUCAAUAUGUUUCCUAUCAUGUGACUGCCAGGUUAUAUCUUGAAUCCUCCUUGUUUCUUGCAUGAAAGUUGAAUGUCUUGUCUGCAGGUUGCGUCUCAUUGUUUUUCACUUUUUGUUGUUUUGCAUCAAUGCAGAGACUUCCCGUCAACCUUCCAUGGCGUUCAUGGAAAAGUAAUGUAUUCCCUGACUGUCAGCAUCGGCAGACCCUGGCGUCUGUCCAAAGACUUUGUUACAGAGUUGAACUUUGUAAAUCGCAUUAAUACCAACCAGCCAGAGCUGCAGUCUCCACUCUCAGGCACCAACACCAUGACGGUGUGCUGCCUGUGGUGUGCCUCAGGUCCUAUCACAAUGAAAGUCACUACGGAAAAGAAAGCCUUCGUACCAGGUGAGACUGUGAGAAUAAUCGGUGUGUUAAGUAAUGGUUCAUCUCGAACAGCUACCCUAAAAGCAAAGCUGCAACAGAAGCAAACUUUCUACACCCACAACCAGGUCAACCGCAGGGUGGUUCAGAAAAGCCUGAUGUUUGUGACUGGGCAGCCUGUCAGUGCUCCAUUCUCUGGCAUGCACACUGAGAUGAUGCUCACUAUUCCCAACACAACGCCACUCACCAUCUCCAACUGCAGCAUCCUGAAGGUUGAUUACACAAUUGAGGUGAGCCUCAGUGUAAGAGCUUCCCCUGACCUCCAAGUGCUGUUUCCUAUCAUUGUUUGCGACAGCCCUGUACAGUCUCUCUCCUCAACUUCUUAGUGUAUUCGAGAAUAUCUUGAAAUGAUUCAAGAAAUGUUUACCUAUGUUGUUCAGUUUCACAACAUGCCGUAACUGCUCCGUCUACUAGGAGAGAGUUAUUACUCAGGGUUUUUGUGUCAGGCUCAGCUGGCCAGGAUGCUGAGCAUUGCCUUUUUUCACUGCUCAACACGUAAUUUGUGUUGAAACAUCACUUAUGUGGUUACAAAUGUUUUGUUUUUGUAUGUUUCAAUAUAGUAUUUAAAUGUCUCUAAUACUAUUCUGUUUAUUACUGUGUUAUUUAGUUGCUAAUUCUUAUCAUUCAAAGAUCAAAUAUGAUACAUUUGUUUUUAUAACCUGCUUGCUAUUGUAUAUGUCUCUGUGUGGUUUAACAUUUGCCAGUGCAGACAUGAUAUUCUCUUGCCUAAUUUUGUUGUGUUAUUUUAACCUCAACAGUUUUAUAUUUGAUAUUUAUUGUUUCAAAGACUGUCAAACAUGGUGUCCCCAUGUUUUCACAAGACAUAUUUGAACUUGUUACCACACUGUUUUAAAGAAAACUAUAAACAAGAUUAAACAAGAGAUUGUAUCUGUG